AAUCUGCUCCAGUUUUUAACCAUUUUGUCAAUUUUAACCACUUAUUUCUUGUUUGCUUUAUAUCCUUUUAGGAUGCUGACUGCAGCCCCACAGACUAAGACCUACUUUGCCCACUGGGGGGACCUGUCUCCUAAUUCUGCGAAAGUGAAGGCACAUGGUGGAGUCAUCAUGAAUGCCGUGGGAAAAGCCGUCAAGGGUAUUGAUCAUCUGACCAGUACUCUGAGCAGCCUGAGUGACCUGCAUGCGCACCAGCUCCGAGUGGAUCCCGCCAACUUUAAGAUCCUGGCCCACAACAUCGAGUUGGUUCUGGCCAUGCACUUCCCCGGAGAAUUCACUCCACAGGUUCAGGUAGCCGUUGACAAGUUCCUGGACAACGUGGCCCUGGCUCUGUCUGAGAAGUACCGCUAAGUGCAGCAAGGCAGUGGCAUCGACUCUGCGUGUAGCGUGCCAUCCAGCAGUGUUAACAACCCUGUGAACAUGUAGGGGCUUGUUCAAUAAAGACAACCUUUAAAACGA